UCUGAGCGCUAUUUUUAUAAAUAUAGAGAACCAACGGUAAUUGUUGUAGAUGCGAAUUCGUUGUUGUUUCAAGUGAUGACAACGUUCAAUCAUUCAGUCGAGAGUGUAGAUACUUACUUUACCAAUUUGAAAUUUCUGUGUGACAGAUUUCAUGUCGAAUUAAUUUUUGUUAGCGACGGCUUAACUCCAUGUGAUAAAAUCGCCGAGUGUAUUCAUCGUGUCGAAGAGGGUGCCAAGAUAGUAAAAGACUUUUUUGCGUCGCCGCACUCAAUUCGCGAAGUUAAGAACCAUUUAUUUCAACUUGAAAAAAGAGCAUUUUAUUUAUCCCUUUCAAAACACUUCGAAUCAAUCAGAGCCAAUGGCGAGGCUGACCAGCUCAUUGUUAAAAUGUCCAUCCAGAAAUAUGCAUAUGCCAUUGUAACAAACGAUUCGGAUUUUCUACUUGCAAAUGUGGGUGGUGUGAUUAAUUGCAGAAGCUUUGUCAGAGCGACGACGCUUGCACUUAAAAACAGGUCGCCACAAGCCGUUUUUUUCGAUGUGUUUAACACAAACGUGAUCAGAAAGUAUAUCGACCUCCCGUCAGACUUUCUUCCCGUUUUCAGUUGUUUGUGUGGGAACGACUUCACUAAAACAUUUUGCACUGACACACGUAUCGCACUUGGGAUUGUUAAGAGGAGUGAUUUUGGUUUCGAUGAAACAAUAAACUUCAUCAAAGAAUACCCUGGGAGUCCCAACGAUUUGGUCCAGACUAUUAUCAAUUCAUUAACUGAAGAAGACAGCGAGUUGAUGAUAAAGGGUCUUGAAUCUGCAGAGGAAAUGCAAAAAAUCGUCGACGUCAGAGAAGUCACAAUUCCAGGUAUUAAUAUCAGUGACACGUGUCACUCUUGGAGUAACGUCUUGAGUGCAUGGUCAAUUGCAACAAAGGUGCCAUCAUACUGCGAUCCACAAUACGAGAACCCACUCAAGACCACCUCAAAAGUCCGGAAAUUGUUGUACGACGUGUACAAACCAAACAGCCAAAUAGUCGAGCAUUACGACGACCACAUCACACCAAUCCCAAUUGGGUUUGUUGUUGUUAGUAACAGAGAGUUUGGUGGCGAUAUAUUCUGGUGGUUAAGGAAGCUUGAUUUUGAUAACAAUGUCAUUAACUUCUUUGCACGAGGCCUUAAAGGAGAGUUUGAUAUGUGGAAAGCAGUGUUUUGUGUGUGUAUAGUAUAUCACCGCCAACACGUCCAGUGUAACUUCUUCGAAUUUCUGUGCUUUGAGUGGUAUUAUCUUGCCUCGUGGUAUCAAAACAAAAAACAGAUUGAGUAUUUAAGUGAGGACAGAGACCAUAGAAUACCAUUACACGUGUUUUCCUCGUUUCAUGUUAUUUGCUACGACUUAAUGGAAGUGAUCAUCGACGCAUGUAACAUCUCUCCUAAUUUUUAUAUACAGUUUGCUUCUCCAAAUGUGUAUCAGUUUGUCUCAGACUUUGAACAACAAGAAACUCUUAAAAACACAUUUCAAAGUCUUGCUUGUGGGGAUUAUGUAUUUACUGAGAUUUUACAAAUGUUUUUUAUGGUUUGUGUUAAUAAAUUGUUUUCCCGAUUGUGUAAAUUUUUUUAA